UGAUUCGUCCCAAGUCCCUUCUUCCUCCAGCCUUUCCUUAUCUCCCUAAGACGAGAUUGGUGAGGCUCAAGGCAAUGUGGGAGUUUCAGCUCCAAUCGGACCGAAUCGGGCUGUUGUCGAGUGAAGGGCAGGGUCGUUGAACACCAUGGAUCCCGGGGAUCGAAUCUUGAUCCAAAGUCUCCGCCUAUUAGGAGUAGAGCUGACUGAAGAUGCCCAACUACUUAAGAUGUCGUCGAAACAGGUUCUCCAAUCCAUUGCACUUUGCCUUGAAGCCAUUAAUGGCGAUGGUUCACGUGGAGCCCGCUUUGAUCUACCUAGCUCUCUGUCUGAGCGGUUCGAUCUUGGCGCCGAAUUAGCCCAACGCAUCCAAUCUUUGGGAUAUCAGGGAUCUGAAUUAGGCUACCAAUCACUGCUUUACCCCAACGAGCAGGAGUUGCGGAGCGUGUUUAUGUUCCUCUUGGAUCGAAUUCCUCAUAAGUUGGACGCGGAUGAGGAUGACCAAAAAGAAAGAAAUCAAGUUGAGGACCAGGUGGAGCAUGAUGAAUUUUGCACAUGUCCCAAAUGUUUCCAUGAGAUCGAAUUGGACAUCGACAUGGUGAAUCUGUUGCCCAAAGAAUCACGAAACGCUGCUUUCAAUUUGCUCACUGAAGCCAAAGCCAGGGCUUUGAAAGAGCAACCGUUAUACCCCAUUGAGACUGAAACCAAAGAAUCGAACGUUCGUUCGCCUAGUCCCCCUCCGAAGAAGGAGUUCUUAUCACCCAACACGAAUUCGAUUAAAGUGGGCGAUCUCAGAGCCAAUUUUGAACACAAAUCCCAUGAACCAAUGAAACCCGUGAUUCCCAGCAAACCCCAAAACCUUACUCCAACUCCAAAAAUUGAACCACACCCCAUCCCCGAAACAUCCGACCAGAGCAAGGUCAAAGAUGAGCCCUUAGAAGAUCCCAUUCUUAAGGCCUUGCAUUUAGAGAAACGAGGGGCUCAGACCAAGUAUGACGACUCCAGGGAUCGAUAUCAGUCCUUGCGAAGUGAAGUGAUGGCUUUAAAUCGAUCCAUAAUGGAGAGAAAGAAACGUCAGCGAGAGGUCAGAGAGGAUUUGAAAGUGAAGCGUGACGAGAUCGAGAAGAGGAAGUCCUUGUUGGACUUGAUGCCUCGUGGUGACGAGAAUGUGGACAAAUUGAAGGCCAUCAUCCUCAAAACUCAAAACAAGAUCGAGCAAUACGAGCAGCAAUGGGAAGAAACCAAAAAAGCACUGAUCGACGAACGCAGUCAAUUAGAAGCUGCUCUGAAAACCAAAGAGGAAUCGAAUCCCUCCGUUAAGACUCCUUUACAAGAGACGAACGGAAAGAUUGCCGAGUUAGAAUCCAAGUUGCGAGAAGCGAAUGCAAACUUCAAGAAGUUUUCGGCGCUAUUGGACCGGAGAAGUGCUGGAGAGCCGAGGUCCAAUUACACGCAACGUAUUCUCGACGUCCUAAAAAGCAUCGCGCGGCAACGAGAGGAGACCGAAAGAAUCAUCCUUGAUAUCAAAUCCACUCAGAAGGAUAUCAAUUUACUCGAUGGCAAGCUAUUCCGAACUUACGCCGAAGUGGAGAGGUUAAUAUUUGAUACUGCUCAUAAGGACUCCUCGUAUGUUCCGGCUUACAAGAUGGUUACCAGCCUUCACGAUCUCUGCCAAGAAAUCAUCGAUAGAAUUGGCCAGAAUGGGAAAAUUAAGCGACUUGUGCGCGAUCUGCGUGAUCAAAUUGAUAGCGAACGCGCCAAAAAUACGCAAGCCACUUUGGAUCAAAUGGAAGGCGAUCUUAAUGUGAUAAAACAAGAAAAUUUAGAUCUCCUGUCAAAGCUGAAGUCUUGAAAAGUCUAAAAUAUAUAAGUGUAAUUUGGGAAAA